ACUGAUACGAUCACUAUUUCAAUAUGGUGCAGUUAAUUGAUAAAAUAUUUUUUUAUAUCACAAUAUUAAAAAUCAGUUCGGGAUAUUUCAUUUUAGAUGCAGACAACGAGGACCUGCUGGACGGGCUGAGAUUGCCGUCAAAAUACCAUUUCAAAGGGGAAAUAAUCGACAUAUUCCAUGAUUUAGUGGAGCCUUUUGAGAUAUGGUACAACGAGGCCGCCAACCGUUCUCGGAUCGAGUUGUAUAAUGGCAUGAUAACCAAGUAUUACCUGGUGAAGAAUAACGAUGGAGACGGUACCUUAGUUACGUAUCACCCACAAUCCGAGGACACGCAGACAAUAGAGAUGGUCUGCUACUCAUCUACAUUUGAAGGAAGUGAGUUCAGCCUCCUGCCUACAUCUAAUGAGGAUUGGGUAUUUAGUGAACAAAUGGCCUUUAAUGAUAAAGCUGUAGACGUUUGGAUACGGUCGGACAGUGCCGAUAGGACGCUACACGAGGAGAAACUUUACGUGUACAAGAAUGAGGAGGGCUUGGAUAUACCCAUCAGGAGGACAUCAAAGAAAUACAACUGGUGGACGGGAGCUGCCUCCUCGCACAUCAUCACAACCUUCGAGGGAUAUCACACCGCGUUCUCAUUGGAACACCUUCUUGUUAAUGAUUCCGAAUGCCAGACUCAGAUGGCCGAGAUGCCUCUGAACAGCGCGCUGCAGCAUCUGCAUCCUGAUGUACCAGUGGAUCUGGACUUAGCUUUUGAUCGAUUUAAGAGUCACCACAAGAAGAAGUAUGCUGACGAUGACGAGAUGAGGAAGUUUGUGUUUGAAUACAACUGGAGGAGAGUCAAAACUCACAAUCGCAAGCGAUCCACAUAUAGAAUGGGAAUCAACGAGUUCGCAGAUUGGACCCCUGCGGAGCUGGCACGACUGACCGGAGCCAUGCCACCCUCGCCCACCACACCACACGUCGGCACACACCCUUUCCCACACACUUUGACGGAAGUGGACAGCAUUGUCAAAGAGUUACCUGACAACUUUGACUUGAGAUUAGAAGGAAUUGUACCUCCGAUUAAGAAUCAACUAAACUGUGGCUCGUGUUGGGCGUUCGCGACCACCGCGACGGUGGAGGCGGCCUCCUCGCGGACGCUCCAGGCACCGCCACCGGACUUGAGCGAGCAGUCACUGGUCGACUGUGCUUGGGGGCACUAUAACAUGGGCUGUAACGGUGGUUAUUUGGCGCAGUCAUUUGAAUAUAUAAUGGAAUACGGUAUACCUUUAGAAAGUGAAUAUGGUGGUUACCUGCAAGAGGACGGCAUAUGUCAUAUAAAUAAUAUGACGUCAACAUACAAAAUAUCAGGUUACACGGCUGUCACAGCACAUAGCGGCAGCGCCCUCAAGGUGGCGCUGAACAUGUACGGAGCUGUCUCCGCCACCAUUCACGCCAGCGAUGACAUGCUGCUCUACUCCAAUGGAGUGUUUUAUGAUUUCUCGUGCAAUAAUGAACACCUCAACCACGCUGUCACCGUGGUAGGUUACGGAAUCCGGGACGGUGAGGAGUACUGGCUGGUGAGGAACUCCUGGGGCGAACAGUGGGGCGAGGACGGCUACAUUCUCAUGUCUACUAAAAAUAAUAAUUGCUUGCUUCUGGAUGCACCGUACUAUCCCAUUAUAUAGGUCAUUUUGAUUGACUAAAUAUUUUAAUGUUCGAAUUUCGUUUUAACGCCAUCUAGUUAUACUUUUCAGUACUAUUAAUUAAAUCUCCCGCAAAGCACCAAAGCAAUGUAUAAAUAAAAUUUAUAUAAUACAUACUUGCUAAGUUUUAUUCAAUGUUGUUCAUGUGUAUUUUAUAAAAAAAAACUCGAUCCACCGUAUUAUCCCGUUAUAUAGGUCAUUUUUUAGUCCAUAUCUUAAUAUUCGUAUAACAUUUGACUAAAUGUUUUAAUGUUCUAAUUUCGUUUUAGCGCCAUCUAGUUAUAUUCUUCAGUACUAUUAACUAAAUCUCGCCCGAAGCACCAAAGCAAUGGAUGAAUAAAAUUUAUAUAAUACAUACUUGCUAACUUUUAAUAAU